AUGCGUGCCAGUAUCAUCGCGGCCACCCUUGUGGGUGCUCUCGGGGUGACAGCCUACGACAAGGCCCUCGAGAAUGCCCUUUCCCACCUCCGCCGCAGCGGAUGCGGCGAGCUUGACGGCUGUGGAAAGAAUUCGAAGGGCUCCUAUAUCCCCGAUGGGAAGACGUUCAUCUUCCCUGAUAAGGGCUACGAGCAUGGCAACCGAUGGGAGCUCAUCAACAAGCAUCCCCAUCAUGGCCACCACCACGGCCAUCAUGGUCAUCACGGCCAUCACCACGGCCAUCACCACGGUCAUCACCACGGUCACCACGGUCACCACGGUCAUGUCGGCCAUCACGGUCAUCACGGCCACCACGGCCACCACGGCCACCAUCAUGACCUCCACAGCUAUGUCAACUUCGACUUCCGCGAGGAGUCCCUCAUCUUCGAAUUCGAUAGGAUUGAGGACUAUGGUCACGUCAAGACCAAGGAGAGGCUUCGCUACGAGCAGAUUGAGAUCAGGGUUGCCGUCGACAAGGCUCACUUUGACAAUGCCCGCCGCUACAGCCUCAAGGACGGACACUGCAAGGAGCACGAUGGCCGUUACCGCUGCCGCCUCCCUUACAAUGAGCUAGUCCACGGUGGCCACCACGGCCUGUGCCCCCACAAGGAUAAGUACGGCAAGGAGCUGUUUGUCAAGAUCGAGACUGUCGUCGUUGCUGGAGAGGAGCGUUACGAGCUCUGCAACCGUGGUGGGCAGGAGAGGGAAUACUUCCGUCUCCGCUAUGCUUGUACCGAGUGCAAGUUUCAGGAGUAUGAGAAGGAGUGCCAUCGUAAGCCUCACCAUCAUCAUCACGGUCAUCAUCACGGUCAUCACCACGGUCAUCACCACCACCACCCAGAGAAGUACCACCACGGCCAUCACGACAAGCACCACAAGUGUUGCCACGAUCAUAAGCAUCAUGAUCACAAGCACCAUGAUCACAAGCACCACAAGUGUUGCCAUGACCACAAGCACCAUGAUCAUAAGCACCAUGGCCACAAGUGUUGCCACGACCACAAGCACCACGACCACCACAAGCACCAUGACUGCCACAAGCACCAUGAUCAUCACAAGCACCAUGAUCACCACAAGCACCAUGAAAACGCCAAGUACCUCGACUACAAGUACCAUGACCACAAGCAUUACGAUCACAAGCACCACGACCACCACAAGCACCACGACCACAAGCACCACCAUGGCUGCGGCUGCAACAACAAGCAUCACUACCACCACCCCCACGGUCCCCGUGAUGUCGAAACCCGUGAUGUCGAAACCCGCGAUGUCGAGAUCCGCGACGUCGACAACGCCAAGACCACCGACCUCGAGACCCGCGACCUCGCCUACGAGUGCACCGGCACCUUCCUCGAGGCCUACGGCACCGGCAAGCACGCCCACCCUCUCAAGGAGAUCGGCUGCGGCCACCCGGGCUACUACCACCGCUACCCCAAGAAGGAGCUCGAGGUCUCCGUCCACGGGCCCGUCGAGCUCAACGGCCACACCCUCGGCCACUUCUCCGUUCGCCUCGACAAGCGCCGCGAGGACGUCGUCCUCGCCAUCGACGUCAAGGUCCACGACCCCGAGUACCUCGUCACCGAGAUCGCCGCCAUCAUCGUCUGCGAGGACGGCCUCAAGCAGAAGGACCGGGACAUCUGCAGGCCCUCUUCUUACCCGUACCGCCGCCACGACAAGCACGGCCUCAACCACUUCCACUUCGACGUCGUCGACGAGUUCCAGUGCAAGGGCGACUACUUCAUCGCCGUCUACGUCCUCGUCUGCGUCGCCGAGGACAAGUGCGAGUACAAGAGGGUCGGCCAGGGCUACGAUUACUAG